AUGACACAGAACAAAUUCGUCAACGACUUUACAAAGGAAGAAACUGAUGCUGUUACCAAGCUCAAGGCUUCGUUGCCUGACAUUCUCAAGACCGCAUUCAAGAGCGAAGGUGAACCUGAGCCCUACAAGUUGUGGGACAUUGCCCUUGAUAAGGAUUCAACCGAUGAGCGAUUGGACGUUUUGCUUGUCAAGUUCCUGCGAGCUAGAGAAUUGGACCUUGAAGCAGCAACCAAGAUGCUUUCUGACAGCAUUGCCUGGCGACGUGAAUUCAAGGCCGACACAAUCCUCGACGAAGAGUUUGAUGAAGCCAUCUUUGGCAGUGUUGGAUACAUCCAUGAACAUGAUAAGGAGGGUCGUCCAGUAUGCUACAACUUUUAUGGUGACCUUGACCAAGAAAAGGUGUUUGGCGAUCCCGAAAAAUUCAUUCGAUGGCGUGUGCAGUUGAUGGAAAAGGGUGUCAAGCUUGUAGACUUUGUCAACGUCGAUUCAAUGAUCCAGGUUCAUGAUUACAAGGGUGCCUCCAUGUUUGGUCGUACUGCAAACGCCAAGGCAGCCACCAAGGAUAUCAUCAAGAUCAUGCAGGACAACUACCCUGAAUUCCUGGCUACAAAAUACUUUGUGAAUGUGCCAUGGUGGGGAAGCAAAAUCUUUAAGCUUGUACGUCCAUUGCUCCCUGAAGCCACUGUUAAAAAGUUUAUUGUAUGCUCAAAUGACGAGUUGAUCGACACGCUCAGUGAAAAGAUCCCAGUGGAGAACUUGCCAGCUGUGUAUACUGCAUCAUCAUCAUCAGAAAGUCAACGUGCCACAACUACUACUUCUGCUGCUGCCGCUACACCCAAAGAGGAAGAAUCAAAGGUACAAGAGGAACAAUCCAAGGAGGCUGAUACGAGGGCGGCGGAUAAAAAGGAGGAUGCGGAGGUUUCGACAUCUGCCAAGAAUGAAGCAGCAGCUGAGGAAGAAAAAACAACAUCCAAAUCAGCUAAUGAUGAGGAGGAGCCCACCAAGAAAGAAGAGGAGCCCACCAAGAAAGAAGAGGAGCCCACCAAGAAAGAAGAAGAGCCUAUCAGCAAAAAGGCUGAAAAGCAACCUGCCACUGCUUCCGAAUCAAACGACGCCUAA